AUGAAUCGACCAGGUGUAGGACCGCAGGCAAUGCGUGGCAUACCCAAUGGAUUUCCAAAUCAGCAACAAAUGCAGAAUAGGAAUGUAUCAAGCAGGAUACCGCCGGGUGGGAAAAUGGCAAACAAUGGAGCAACAUGGGCAUUUGGAGGUGUACCGAUGGGAGGAGCGGGUCUAGGAAAUCCACGUCCAAAUAAUGGACCCAUGACAAGCUUUGCACAAACAAUAGGAGGGUCUUCACAACCAGCGACACCACUCGAUCUUUCCGAGUUCCCCUCACUAUCAGGAAACCAGCCCCAACACAAUCAAUCAACAUGGGGAGCAGCAGGAGCGCGUAAUAUUGGUCCAUCAGCAAAUAUGCGAUUACAGCAAUCAGCUGGAUUAUCUGCCCAACAUGCUGCUCAGCAACAGCAGCAGCAGCAACAGCAAGAUGAACUUUUCAACUCAUCAACUCAAUUAUCGAAUAAUUCCGGUGGGUUCAGAUUUGGAGCACAAAGUGCAGUUGGUCAGUCGUCACAGCCGAGCAGCGCAGAUGACUUCCCACCUCUGAGAAAUUCAAAUGGAGAGAUCGGCCAAGACCGCGGUUCCGGUCUAUUACAGAAUGUGGGGUUUGGAGGCGGUGGAGGAUUAGGAUUUGGUUCUGGCAACCCACCCCAGCAGGCCAGAAGCAAUGGUCUUUUAAGCGCAUUAUCUGGUGGUAGUCGAGUUGCACCAGGUAACAGAGUUGCUUCACCAGGAAGUUUGUCAGGCCCAUCCACAAACAGAUCCCCUAUAGACUCCAGUCGUCAAGGUCUAUCCAAUCUUGGAGAGAACGAAGCUGGGGGCUUUGCGAAUACGAAUUUUGGCUCAUCGAGUCCCAUACCACUCCAAGAAGACAACGAUCAACAAUUCAAUAUGCCUACGGCAACCAGCUCGCGACCGGAUGGUCCAUCAACCCUAACUCAAGCACAGGAACUCGACCCUAGUUCUGCGCAGAGAAAUGCCGAGAAUGCCGAUUCUAAAGUACAAGAUCCAUUAGCUCACAUGAGUGACACCGACAGAUUUGGACUUAAGGGGUUUUCCUAUAUGAUGAACAACUUCCCUGACUAUGCUGCUCUUGUUACUGGUACCGAUAUCAACCAUCUGGGUCUCGAUCUACAUUCUGAGCAGCCCAUCUCAAACCAAAUUUACUCUCUAUGGGAUAACGAGCCACCGCGACCAGAUGUCGCCCGUUUUAAUCUACCUGAGUGUUAUCGCGUUCUGAAUGUUGCCCCUCUCGAAAGCAAGAUGCCCAGCUUCAACGAAGAAGCCCUAUUGUUCAUGUUCUACAGUAAUCCCGGUGACAAGCAGCAGCUCAUGGCAGCUAGGGAGCUUGGCAAUCGAAACUGGCGUUAUCAUAAAAAAUUGCAAGUUUGGCUUACCAAAGAUGAUUUGAUGGUUCCCCGACAACUUUCUCAACAAAUGGAGCAAGGCUAUUAUAUCUUCUUUGAUGUCAAGACUUGGUCAAGACAACGUCGGGAAUUCACACUGUCUUACGAUGACUUAGAGAGGGUUGAGGAUCGAUUUUAA